UGUAUUGAUGGAAUAGACAGACGCCAUUUUUCCCGUUUCGUUUAAUCUGUGAACCUACAUUGGUUGUUUACUAUGAAGUUAAAGAGUCUCUGGUAAUUACGUGUUCGCCAUUGUUCAACGUUUAUCACAAGAUACCAACAAUCACACGUCAUAUACGACUGUAGUUUUAUAAAGAGAUAAAAGAGGACAUACCACUGAUUGACGUCCGAUUCGGCUCAAGCACCAUCCGUAACACGGAUUCUUAAUUGUUUGAUUUAUGGUUUGGAUGACAUUUACCUUGGAUGAUGUUUGCUUCUGUUUAAAUUUCGACCCUGAACCUCAAAUGGUUGGCCAAUUGUAAGGUUUUCCUCAAGGAGGAGCAGACAACAAGAAACCUGUCAAGGAAAGAUAAACCACAGCAAGACAUACAGUACAAGUCAUCAACAGAUGAAGACACCAACGGGUUCUGUGGUUCAUCUCAGCCAAAACAUUUAAAUUGAAACAUUUGGAAUUAUUAUGGCGAAUGCGGACAAUAUUAACGGGAAUUCCCAACCAGAAGAUGCGCCCCAAACAUCCUCCCAAACAUCAGCGGGUGCAGGUGGAAGGAGGUACCGUAAGAAGGACGAUAAACGCGGCAGUGGGCAGUCUCAAGAUUCAUCAAAUACACCGUCUCUGAGAGAAAAGGAAACAAAUCAAAGUGAUGCAGAUAUUCAGAGGAUCAAGCUUAACCGUCUUAGCAACUAUGAAGUCGACGACGUUAAGAUGGCCAACGUCUUUGGUUCCAAACCAACUGAUAAGAAAGCAGUCAGUAGUUCAAUGCGUCUUAACCCUCUCUAUGACCAAGAUGGUACAGUCGAAGUCUCCUCGGAUCAAGCUCAUGUUGCUAAGUCUUCAGAUACUGCCAGUCAAGACUCUGGUAUCGGCAACAUGACUUCUGCUAAGAGUAAAAAAGGAACUUAUAAGCGACCUAAGAAGGCUCAGGAUGAGGACGAGGAGGAGCUUCCAGUCAAUGAUGCUGACGGGACUAAGAUAAACUACAGCAAAAACUUUAGAUUUGGGAGGCCAGCGGAGAAUGGAGUUCAAAAUGGAGCAGGAGUUAAGAAACUUACAACCUUUGGAGUUGUAAUGCCUUCCAGAGUCAAGCAAAACACCAUCCCCAAGAAUCAGCUGGUUGCCCCUGGUGACGGUGUUACCCAGUAUGCACUGAGUGAACAAGACAAGAAAGCCAAGCCAGAUAUUGAGGCUGCAAGACGUCGACAUGAGAUUAGGAGAAGAUGGAGAUAUGUCAUCAUUCUAAUUCUCAUCAUCUUAUUCUUUGGUCUCAUUCUUACCGUUGUCUUGUACUUUGCCACAAGAGCACCUUGAUGUAUACACUGAAGUAAAUCUGACCCUAUUUGUUGCAAAAAUAUUUCCAUGAUUCCGAGUUAAGAACUUUCCUGUAACAAGCACUUAAACAAAAUGUUUACAAUAAAGGUCAAGAAAGGGCUAUGUAUUUUACCUUUCAUUCGGUGACAAACUUAAGAUGAAAUAAUUUGUUUGUUUGAUAAAACAUCCCAAAAUCUUGAAGAUUUAUUGAGUAGGAUCAUUUUUCGUUUAGACAUCUCAGUUUAAUGUUUGUAAUUUGUGUGUAAUCACAAUAUAUAGCCAAAGCACAUUGUGUGAUGUCACAAGAGUAAAGUCAAACCUCAGAUCACUAAUAGUAGUGUCUCAAACUAGAGAAACAAGACUCACGCUUACCAAGUACAAAAAAAAUCUUACUUGGCAGGAGCUGGUAAACAUCCUAAUUCCUUGUUUACAUUAUUGCGAUCUGCUGAGCAAAGAAAUUUGCAAAAGUAGUUCUGCUUGACAGUUUUCAACGUUAACCUUUUCAAAAACAAAUCAGGGCCCAAUUUCAUGGCUCUGCUUACCGCCGAAUUCUGCGCUUACGAUCGCGAUUC